GACAACUACAGUCCGAAGUUUAAAAGGGGGUGGAUAGAAAAGGAGCAAAGCGCGGACAAGGCGUCCACGGGAGAAAAAGUACAGUGGGGGUGUGUUGGAUGGGCUUAAAUAAUGAGAAGAGAUGCACAUAAAGCAGCAGAGAGACACGAGGUGGCCAGGCCUUGCCUCCAGCAGGCUGCUUAAGAGGACGCGGCCAUGCAGAACGGUCUCCCAGAUGCAGUACAAAAAAGGCUGCCAUGCCAUCGAAAAAGAUCCAGCUCCUUUCGAAUUCAGACAGGUGUUAUACAUUUUUGAUAGUGGGGGACGGGGAGGGUUGCAGUGCGGGACAUGCCGGGAAAAGGGAGGCAAAGAACUAAAUACUGCCGCCCAUGCUGUUUUGUGUUCAGAGCUCCAUAGCAAACAUGCCGUCGCUAUGCUGGUUCUGGUCGUCAAAUGCCCACGGCAGCUCGUCGCUCAGCUGGUCCUCAGCGGAUGUGUUGGUGUCGGUAUCACCGUGGACUCCUGCGCCAGAGGCAAUCGUGGUCGAUGCAAUCUGGGCGGCAAUGCUGUUGAUGAUGGGCAGGUCCUCGGCGUCAUCGGCCCACGAAAAGCUCGUCUGCCCGUCAGCAAACAGCGGGUUGCUAGCAAAUGGAUUAGCCGGCGCAGGCACGCUCUUGAUCAUCUGCGGAGAACGCAUGCCCUUUCUGGCUGGCGACGGAAGGCGAUGGCGCAUCACCGGCGACUGGUGGAGGAUCGUUGGCGUGAGUCAUCUGCCGGGCAAUCUGCUGCGGUGACUUCAUGUGCGGGCUGUAGUACUCGACAGACGAUGUGACCAGGGUCGCAGUCAGCGAGCUGUCGGUCGAGUUGGUCGAAGCGUUGUUGACGCGGCCUAGGCCGUCCCAGAGGCAGGAUUGCGGCUGGUUGAUGCGGCAUUUCGUUGAAACGCACACGGUGGCCGGCUGUCUGCUGGCCGGCUGCCGCCGAUGCAGAGAGCGGGGCAACCGCACCAUCGUCCUCCUCUUCG